UCGACAAUAAAAUUAUAGCAAAGAAAGGGGACCAUAAUGAACAUGUUGGGAGCGAUCUUCCUUUGUCUGCUUGCUAGUGUCUGGGGUGUGGCCUUAGGCGGGGAUAAAAUGUACACCGCACAGUUUGUUAUAACUCUAAUGGAGAAGAUAGAUCGCUUGGAGAAAGAAUUCUCCCUGUUUAAGGAGGAAACUGCCACCAAAUUACAGGAAUUCCAAACCAAAUUGGAACAUUCUGACCAAACGGUGAAGGAGCUAGAAGAUAGACUGCAGCUGUCUGACAAGAAGGUGGGCGAACUCACGCGAGAUUUGGAGCACUCUGAGUUUGUUUUACUGGAGCUGGUGAAGCAGCGCCAGGGUGGAUCUAAUAAGGAUUACCCAUUCCCUCCAGAUGAACAGAAAACGAACGAUACCAACCCAAAUUAUAACGAAAUACAGAAAGCUGCUGUUCCAAUAGAAAUAAAGCAGUCACAAGAUCGUUUCCAAAGACUUUUAAUUCCGGCGACACAAUUUCCACAACUUUCUUCGGUUCUGAUCAUCAAACCGGGCUUGGCACGGGACAGACUAUCAAAUAUCCCACGGUCAUUACCAACGUGGCAAUGGAUUCGAUCCCAAAGUCGGAACAUUUCGAGCACCUUUGGCAGGUGUCUACUUCUUUACUACAACACUUAUCAGUGGUGCAGGAGAGACUGUCCGAAGUAG